GAUCAUAAUGGUGACAGACGUGCAGCUGGCUAUAUUUGCCAACAUGCUUGGCGUGUCGUUGUUCCUGCUGGUUGUGUUGUAUCACUACGUUGCUGUCAAUAAUCCCAAGAAACUGGAGUAGAGUCUGCCAAUAUCAUUUGAGAGGUUAUAUGGGACUGCCACCACCAUGGAAACAACAUCCCCCUCUUCCAGUCCUCUUUCCAAGUGAUGAAUUUCUUUGUAAGAUUGCACACUAGUGUUUUUUGUAAUAAAAAUGUGUGAAAUGCA